AAAUUUGUGCUCAUAUUAGAUAUCGACCCAGCCUAUAAUGGCCAACAUUGUGGUGAAGACCAUCUGGCAGUCCAAAGAAAUAAAUGAGGCUGGAGACACGCCAAUAGGGAUUGAGAGUCGGGCUCAGGGCACCAAGGAUCAGCUGGGAAAGCCUACUAGCAUCAAAGGCUUCCCCAAAAAGAAGAAAGCCGUCUCUUUCCAUGGAGUUGAACCCCAUUUUACCAGUGAAAGUCCCAAUCUGAAUUUGAAGCGUUCUUCUGCUUGCACUAAUGUUUCUCUUCUGAAUCUAACUGAUGGGGAACGUGAUGAUUCCACCACGGAGAAUGAAUCCACAGAUGAUGGGGGUCCACCAGGAGGAGCAGGGGGUGAAAGGCGGGAUCUUCUAUUUCCCAUCAAGCCAGCUUGGUCAGAAGAUGAAGAUGAUACUUCCAGCCAGCAGCAGGAAGUGAGUAAUAGUGGCCUCUUACGAGCCAAGGAUUCUAUCACCAGCCUCAAAGAGAAGACAUCCAAGGUCACCCACCAUCUUCAGAAUCUGCAGGAAAGCUGCCGAAAGGUGACAAAAUCUGUGGAGGAUGCUGAAAUUAAGACCAGCGUUCUGGAAGAAAACUCAGCCUACUUGCAGGAGAAACUCUGUAACUUACAGCAACAGGUUCAAAUAGAAGACUUUCGUUGGAAAUGCAUGCUGGAGUUGGCCCAGAAGGAGGUGUUGCGACUAUUGGCCCAGCUGGGGCUGUGCUUGGAGGGAGUGCUUCCCCAGAGGGAAAGGGUACAAGUGGAACAAGGCCAGGAGCUUAGGAUGCUGAAGGAAGAACUGGAUGAAGUCUCUGCUGCGGCAAAGCGGGCAUCAGCAUCUCUCACUCAAGUCCGGGCAGACCUGGAUGGACUCCUGGAAGACAUAUCCCGACAUCUUGCAACACUGAAGAAUAUGGAAGCAUCCGACCAGCCUCCUAAUUGUGCUAGAUGUUCCAGCUACAGCAUUGUGAAUACAGAGGUGCUGCGAAAGAUGUUUGAACAUGCAAUGGCACCCAUUUUGGAGAAGCUGAAGCAGCAGGCCCAAUCAGAAGGCAUAUGCCCCAGCUGCCAGCGUUUGCAGAAGACGAUGUCACAGUGAGGCACAGAGUAGACUAACCCCAGACCCUCCUGCCCCCAAUAAAAUGUUUCCAGAGUGCAGUCUUUCUGGAGCAUUUUUCUGAUCCUAAGUUGAUGAAGGCCAGACCCUGAAUCUUAUUCCCAUUCUAAUCGGACAUCAGUUCACCAAAAUUUCUGGCAGAAAAAUAUUUUUAAAUACUGGAGUUAAAUUUAGGAUCUUCAGUGGGUAAAGCACAAUAACUUUGUCACUAAGCUUUUGUUCCUCUCCUCUUGGCUCAUACAGGGAAUUCAGUCCACAACCCAAAAGUGAAAUGAAAAUCCUGCAUGUGCUUUCCUGAGCACUUCCAUUAGUGCUGAAUGAUAGAUUCAGUGUGACUGAAAGUGAAAGUUGACAGGGAACAAACAUUGACAAGGAACAAUCAACAAUAUUAAUUGUAACGAUAUAUGUAAAUUAAAUUUUGUUUUUUCCUGGUCCUGUU